UAAUUUUAGUCAGUCAAUUUAAGGCAAAAUCUCUUGAACUAUGAUGCACUGGAUGAUCUACAAUAUCUCAUAUCGAUGACACAUUUGGAUUUAUAUGACAACCGAAUCUCGAGUCUUGACAAUUGGCUUGCGAAGUGUACAAGUCUAAUAAAUCUAGAUUUAUCAUUUAAUCUCAUAAGGAAAAUAGACGAUGUCAAAUAUCUGACCAAGCUGGAGGAGCUGUGGCUCGCGAACAAUAAGAUCAGAAGGAUUAUGCCAGGCUUGGAAAAUUGCUCUAAUUUGCGAAUUUUAGAAUUAGGCGCGAAUCGCUUGAAGAAAAUCGAGAACUUGACUUUGUCCUCCCUACAAAGUCUUUGGAUGGGCAGAAACCGCAUAUCGCGUAUAGAAGGGUUAGAUAAUUUGCGCUACCUGAAAAAACUGGACCUUCAGGCCAAUCGACUAACAAAUAUAGAAGGGCUUUCCAACUUAUUGUGUUUAGAAGAACUCUAUCUAUCUCACAAUCAUAUCAGCCAAAUAGAUGGCAUAAGUCAUUUGACAUCUCUGAAAAUUUUGGAUUUGAGCAACAACUGGAUUGAGCAUUUAGAGAACCUGAAAACGUUGACUUCGUUGGAAGAUCUUUGGAUGAAUGAUAAUAGAAUCGGUUUAUUGGAAGAAACAAAGGAGAUCGCGGAUUUGACGACUCUGACCACAUUGUACUUAGAAAGAAAUCCUUGUGCAGAUGAUGUACAGUACCGAGUCAGAGUUCGGUUGAUGCUCCCCCAGUUGAAACAGCUCGAUGCUACACCUAUUUAUCAUUCAGGAUAUCCUCCUAUAUUCAAAGAUGAAUCUACAACCGCAUGUAUAACGACGCCUACUUGUAACUAG